UGUCGAGCAGGAGCACUUCUGUCGGCUAGGAGCACUUCUGUCGACUAGAGUCACUUCUGUCGACUAGGAGCAAGGUUCAGGGGGAAGAGAAGAAACCCUCGGGCUUACCCCCACACACCCUCUUCCCCACACAACCAAUAUUAGCCGCCGCUAAGGUGUGGAGGGUGCCGUGCCCAAGGCAACCAAUAUACAGCCUUACAAAGUUCCGGGCCGCCGCCGCCCCCUUCCACACAUCUUUAACCCGCCAAGUUGGCAGAGCCCUGCGAUUUGCGAUAUGCGAUGAAGGGACGUCCAGGACGCCGCGUGUCAAAGCGUGCCCUUACACCACCACACGUCAGCAUCCGCCCAAGGACCGGGCUAGGGUCGACCCCUGACCCACACACCAUCGAGCCCGCCGGAUACAUGGCCAUCGUCAUGAGCUGGGAAUGUCCAUCAAUGCCGGGACCUUCGCGGCCAUGAGAUUGCUCGCGGACGCGUUGUUCGCAGCAUGCACCGGCAAUUACAUGGCUUGGCUUGGCAGCCCCGUGUUGUGUUGUCUAACUUUGGGGGCGGGAAUGGCAUCACCGCGUGUCCAGAUACCUCAGGUUAUAAAGGCCUGGGCCAGGCAUUACCACGGUGAAAAUGUGUCCAGGCCGCAGACGAUGACGAUCAGGCUCGACUCAGGUUUCCCAUCUCAGACUAUUCUCAGACUAUUCUGUCAGUUGCUCUCAGCCUGCGGCCAAG